AUGACCGCCCUGCGCCAGGUGGAGGUGCGCGUCGUGCUGCGAGGCGGCCGGCCGUGCCUGGACCCGCCCGUCGAGGAGCUGCGGCUGCGGCACUACUCAGAGCACCUGGGGUCCUUUUUGGGGCUGCCCGCGAAGAUGAAGGGUGUGAGCGACCUGAGUGAGCGCCCCGGCUUCUUCAGAUGGGUCGCCGACGCAGACCCCGACGCGAUCGCAAAGGUGUACGAUGCGUCGGAGACGCUGCUUUCGCGUUUGUCAGACGAGGCCAAGAAGCUGGCAGAGUGGGCCGCCCUUGGCUGGGCCGAGGCCGCCGCCGGCGGGUCCGAGGCGCUCGAGGCGCUGGUGGAGGCGCAGUGCUCCGAGGUUGAGGAGUUCGAGGCCAACCUGCGGGGCCUCAAGGCAGCUUCCAGGGACCUGGAGCGCCUGCCUCCUGAGAUCCGCCUUGACUGCUACCGCCUCUCCACUGGCCCCUUCUGGGCGGGCGUCGAGGAGGGGGUGCGGCGCCUCAGGGGCGCCCUGGGUGCCGUGCUGCGGCGCAAGGCCGUGGCGGAGCGCCAGGCGAUGGAUGACUUUGUGACCCAGGGCGAGGCGCUGCUCGCGCUGGCCCCCUCGAGUGCGGAGGAGAUCGGCCGCGCGGGGCGCGAGGCGCGGGCGCUGGUGGCAAGGCUCGGGGAGGUUGCGAGGCUGCGCCAGCGCGUCGAAGAAAAGAACCGCCUGCUGCGCCAGCUGGCGGCCUCCGCGUCCUCGGCGGCGGCGGCGUCCCUGUCGGGCUCGCUGGCGGGCGGCGGCGGCGCCGCCGUGGUGGACCUGUCCGCGGUGACGCAGCGCUGGGACGGCUUCACGGCGGCGCUGCAGCAGUACGACGCGCACCUGGAGUCACAGCGCGCCCGGCUGCAGGCCGAGGUGGCGCGGCGGGCCGCAGACUUCAGGGGGGACGUCGCGGGCUUUGCCUCCAGGUGGGAGGCGCUGCGGCCGCGCGGCGGCCCUGGUGGCAACCCUGCAAUUAUCCUCGCGCAGCUGGAAGGCAUGUGGGCGCAGCUGCAGGAGAUGAAGGACGCGGCCGCCAAGCACGCACAGAACCCCUACCACAUCGGCACCUCCUGGGGACCAACUAACGCCGUCCUCUUCAACUGUUUUUGCACCCAGGAGUGUGAGGCGCUGGGCGUGGACGCACCCGCCUUCCAGGAGCUGGAGGACCUGGCCGCGGACGUGGCGGCCGCACGCGCCAGCUGGGGGCGGUACGCCGAGUUCCUGCGGGAGCGGGACGAGCUGGCGCACAGGGACUGGCUAUCCAUGCGCGACCAGGUCUGGAAGAUCGAGGACUUCCUUGCAAAAUGGGAGGCGGUCGCAUCCGCGGGCGCAGCCCCCACGAAAGGCGGCGGCGGCGCCGCCCCCGCGGCGGGCGGCCCUAAAGGCGGCCCGUCGGACGCGGCGGCGGCGGAGGCCAUUGCGUCGGUCUUGCUGCGGGAGGUUGACUCAUACAGGCGCUGCCUGCCGCACCUCAAGUCCUGCAUGCGCGGCGCCGGCUGGGAGGACACCCACUGGGGCCAGCUGUUCGCAUUGCUGGGGUUCAAGGCGGGGGCGCUGUUCAAGGAAACGGUCACCCUGGCCCACUUCUUGGACAAGGCGGACGCCGUCGCCGCGGCCGCGGAGGCCAUACGCGCCCUCGAUGCACAGGCUCAGGGAGAGGCGGUCAUCCGCAAGGCCCUGACCGAGCUGCGCCUCUGGGGCCUCACCCGCGAGUUCUCGUUCGCAGACCCCAAACCCGACGCCCCGUCCGCAACGCCGGCGCCCGGCAAGCCGCCGGCGGCGGCGCCGCACGCCAGGGCAGCUAGCAGCGGCGGCGGCGGGGGCGGCGGCGGCGGCGGUGUGGCGCUGAUCAAGGGUUGGGGGGAGGUGCUGGGUGAGGUGUCAGACCACCAGGCGCUCGUGGGCAGCCUGAGGCAGAGCGCAUACUACUCAUUGUUCAAGGACGAGGCGUCCGCCUGGGAGUCCAAGCUGGUGCUGCUGCAGGAGGGCCUCUCCUCCCUCGCGGCCCUCCAGCGCAAGUUGGGGGCGGGGGCGCAGGGCGUGUAA